CGGGGCGCCGCGGAUCCCCGCCUUUGCCUUCCGAAGCGCGGACUGGAAGCGUUCUUUAGAACGCCCUGCUCCAAAGUCUUUGUUCUGCUGGCUGAACUCUGCGGGCGCUGAACUCACGGUUGUGACUGUUUCUCUUCUGUCAUUUGUGUGGAAAGUGCCACACACACUCCAGAACAACAACGGCUUUUGCUUGCAUAUUCCAGUGUUUCUUUUGUCAGCGAGUUCAGCAAAGUUGUAAUUCUUCAAGUGCCAGCCCUGAGCUGAGUGAGGAGCCACCAGCAGAAAUGGUAAAAAUGACAAAAUCAAAAACGUUCCAGGCUUACCUGCCGAACUGUCAUCGAACCUACAGCUGUAUCCACUGCAGAGCCCACCUAGCCAAUCACGAUGAAUUGAUCUCCAAGUCCUUCCAGGGAAGCCAGGGACGAGCCUACCUCUUUAAUUCUGUGGUAAAUGUGGGCUGUGGUCCAGCAGAGGAGAGAGUUCUUCUGACAGGUUUACAUGCCGUGGCAGAUAUCUAUUGUGAAAACUGUAAAACCACUCUUGGAUGGAAAUAUGAACAUGCUUUUGAGAGUAGUCAGAAAUACAAAGAAGGAAAAUUCAUCAUUGAACUUGCCCACAUGAUAAAAGACAAUGGCUGGGAGUGAAUCAUAACCUUUUUCCUUCUGUUUGGACAAUACUCCGUGGAACGUGUUUUACAAAGACAAUGCAAAGUAAAGGAAGAGCUUGGCUAGAGUGGCCCUGAGAGUAUCACUGAACUCUGAAACCUCACAAAUGAGUAGUGUAGUGUAAGUGGCUAUUUCAGGCCAUGUUUGCCUUUUCUCCUUGUGUAAGUUCCCUUUUUUGUACGUGUAUUAUCGUGUGAACAGUUGUUUUGGAACAUUUUGGAUGACCUUUUUCUAAACUCUCUCAAACUAGAGAAACAGUUCACUAAUUGAAAAUGGAUUUUACUGGCUAGCAUCUGUCUUUGACCUAUGCCUUUAAUGCUACCUUCUGCUGUGCAUGCUCCUUGCCUAAACACCUACACUCCGAUCCUGUAGAAGUUCUAUAUCUGAGAUGUCUGAAAGAAUGUAUGGGAUGGGGUGCAAAUUUCUUAUAUGUAGCAAUUUCUGAUGUAUUUGGCAGUGAAGGGGAUGCAGUAUUGUAGUUACUAAUUUCUUUUUAAAAUUUGAGUGUACCACAACCUGAGUACAUCUUGUAGGUGAGUUGGUUAAAGGUACAGUGCUCAGUUUAAGAAUAUUUCAAUUGCACUGACUGAAAUUAGCAGAUCUUAAGUUGUUAGGAUGAGUAAUGCUAGAGGCUUGGUACCUUAAUGAAAUACCUUAGAAGGAUUUUAAAUCAGUAAUGCUGUAGGACAUGUUCAACUCAGAUCAACACAUCCCCUGAGGAGUUUCCAGGAUAGGAAGUUUAUAAAGUGUAGCUUGCAAGAUAAAAAACAAAACCAGAAAAAUAUAUGCAUCUUCUAUUUUGGGAAAAAAUUAGUUGGUGUAUUAAAAAAAAUUGGUACUGUACCUUUGUCAGUAACAGGGACUUGUGCAUUGGUAGGGUUCUAUGGCUGGUUCCAUGUAACUGUGUAGUCCUAAUGCGCUGGACAAAGAGGUUGAUAUCAAGGAAACUCGUUGAAGUAUUCUUCUGCUACAUUUGAACAAAAAUAUUUAUUUUUAUGAGAGAUGGUCAGAGCCUAUGAGAUGAAAAUUAGUAUGCUGCAUGUAGAAAGAGAUGGUAAUAGGAGGGAAGGGGAGUUUGACUCAUUUUUUCAUAAAAUAAAUUAACAAGGUAGUUUUUAAAAUGUGAGGGCGGGGGGACGGGGUUUCUUGGUUUGCUGGCUAAAUCAUCCCCAAGUACAUUUUUAUAAUAAAAAUUUAUAUGAAACUUACCCUCUCUUUUGAUCUCCCACUAUUUCUUAACUGGAAUGAGUUAAUAAGAGAAUCUCCUAGAAGGUGUAUGUAUGAUAUUAGAUGUUGGUGUUUGUGCAUGCACAUUCUCAACUUUUAAAGAAAUGCUCUACGUAAAUUUGCUGACUUUGUUUUCAAACUGAACAGUCUCUGAAGGCCGUUUGAGUUUUAAUCCUCUUAAUGCUUGUGGACAACGUGUUUGGGGAGAAAAAUCUUUUAACACUACGUGAAGACUAGACCUGAACAAGACAGAAGCCUUGCAAUACAAAAUCAUUGUCUUUCAAAAACAUUUCUGAUAUGGGACCUGCACAGUUUAGUCCUAGGUGCCAUUGCUGCUGGUAUGUUUUUGGGAAUCUGAUAGGCUUUCUGAAUUCUGCUGCACUUUAGAAAUUUUGUCAUGCAUGAAACAAUAUGCCAAUGGGUAGGGGCAAUACGGAUCUUCAAAACCAGCCUUCCAAUCCUUGUGGAGAGGAGUGAGAAGAGAGUUCUCCCGUGUGCAAACGUUCUCUGCAGGCUGGCUAAACUGCAUUCAAGACAUUGUAAUGAUCUAUAGCUGUGAGUUACAAGUGUAAGAAUUAGGGGAGUAGUUGAAGCUGUUGGGUUUCAGUCCAGAGACCUGAGGUGAUUUGAUCUACCUGGAUUUUGUGGCUUACUUGUUGCUACGUCAUGUUCACAAAUAAGGUCAGGCUUCAAAGUCUAAUUUUAACAGUGUCUUUGAUGCAAGGUGGACUUUGGUGUUGCCUGUUUCUUGAUGUUUUUGACUUGGAGUUCUUGAGACUUUUUUCCUCCAUUGUAACGUCUGUUGCCAACAACAACAAAAGAAGCACUAAAAUUUUUAUCUGCAGAAGUUUGUGUUGGCUUCAAAGUCCAGUUGUAAUGUUAGUAGUUGUGAAGACGCUUAUGUGAAGUUAGUGCAUCUUUGAGCUUCUUGUAUUUCCUGGUUUGUUGAAGUACACUGGACUGAAGACAAAAGUGAUAGCUGCUUUUCAGUAGAGAGUUGAAAUUAGAGAAGGUAUGUAAAGUAGUAAAGAUUUUUCUCUAUAAAAUCGGGGGUUGGCUCUCUUAGUUAAUCCUGUCUGUAAUACAGUCCGAUUCAUAUUUAGAAAUUCAACCUCUUUCUUCAGUGCAUUAUUUGUAUUUUAAACUGGACAUUUUCACCAAAACCUUAAUUAACUUUGAUGCCAAAGGUUGAGACUUCGUCAAGUGCUUUUAGCACGUAGAGCUUCAGACUACUGGCAUAAAGAGUUAAUGAUAUAAAUGUGACUUCUAUGGCUUUUAAGAGAACCAAACAAAGCAAUAUUCUUUUUGGUCUUUUAAGAGUGGAUGCUUAGAAGGAGUAGAACUAACACAGAAUUGCUAUUUCAUGCUGCCAUGUAACGGUCGGUUAGAUUCAUUCUAUUGAAGAACAUGUGAAUUUUUCUUCUCGUGUUGCUUGGGCAAUGUCAGUGAUUAUUUUCUCCCCUGGUAAAGAUGUAGAGUGUUCCUGUUGUUGGUUUUGGUGAAAGUAGGAUCCAGAUAGCAAUGGCUGCUGGCUGAUGUGAAGAGGUCAGUCUGGUCACUGAACCCUCCAGCAGUCAUUUGACAGAAAAAUAAACUUACUUGAAAAAACAUUUUACUAAAGCAUUUCCCCUCUAACCAAUUUUUGUAAUAUAUUAAAGAUUAUAUUUAAAGUUUGUAUGUGUUCGCUCUCAGCAAGUUUACUUCCCCUCCAACUUGAGCACUUUUGUUACUUGUACUGGUUAUUUUUAUUGUUGGUCUUAACAUUUAUUUUGUAUUUUGUUUUUUACAAACUGUAACAAAAAGCUUUUGUGAACCUUUGAUUCUUGCUGGCUCUUUCUUGGACCAAAUGAACUGACUAUGAGCUGGCUUAGAAGAAAUGUUCAUUGGGAUGCAUAGGAAUUUGCUAGCAGAAAUGUACAUGUAUUGAAAGCUUUCUUCCUCUGAAAUGCUCAAGCUGCGUCUGUCAGAAAGUAAUUAAUCAUUAUUUCACACGACUGUGAUGUGACCACGCUUCCAGUCUUGGUUCAAAAUAAUGGCUGGAACAAAGGUGUUCCAGGACUGACUCUGAACACCAGAACUGCUCUCUGGUUGGUCACCCUAACCACCUUUUUGAUUAAGGAAGGGCAAAAAUUUCAGUUAAAUUGCAAAUUUGCUGUGACUUAAGCUGCAGAAUUUAGUGAGGGGUUGCCAGCCCAUCAGUCUAACCACUAUUGCUGCCUACUCUCAGCAAUUUACUCAUCUAAAUUUUAUCUGCCAGUUCAGAUGGCUCUUUUCCUUCAGUCGUUGCAAGCUGUACAAUGGCAAACUGCAUUAACUGUGCUGCAAUUCAAUCUUAGCUUCACACCAGCAAGGCCUGGUACAGGUGUGAGAGCGGUGCGCCCUGCGUGCUUGCAGUCUAGGAAUCUGCAGGAGUAGAGAGGGAAAACAGUCUGCAAGAUUUCUUUAAAUUUGGAUCUGAUCUCAGAAGAGCUGACAAAGUCAUCGCUGUGCCCCAAAACCAAACGGUCAUCUGUAGCUCUUAGCAGUGGACCAGGAGUGCAGGAGCUCCUUAACGCUGUGUCCCAUCUUGGUGCACGUAAUGCUUCCUCUGAGCAGUGCUUGUACAGAGCUUUUUCUGCACGCUCAUCUCAGCAGUCAGAUGGCAGCAGCAGCGUCCUGGAGAGUCACAGACCAAACUUCUGCCAUCUCCAUUCUUUACUGGUGGAGAUGAGUGGAAGAAGCUGACAAAUUGUUGUUAAACUUUUUGGACAUUCUAUUGUACUUCAUUUAGACUCAUGUUAAGCCAACAAGCGGUCUGAACACUGCUGUAAAAGGAAGGGAGGCUGCAGAGGUUCCUUCUAAAAGGACUGUUAGAAAUGGUUUCAGCCUAAAGCACGAGUCAUCCGACGGCGCUGAGUCGUGCCUCACUGUUCCUCAAACUCCUUACAAUGCUUUCUUUUACAGGUGACAUGGCUGUGUUGCUGUUUUGUCCUAGCAAUACUGUACAUCAUUUGUUGUUUCACUAUAUUGUAUCUCGAGGUAUCACAAUAAAAGCUUUCAAUUGUUUUGUUGA